AUGGAGACGACCGCAAGCAUCAUAGCAGUUACCCAGCUAUGCGAAAAGGUGAUCAAAUACAUCAUUGCCGCAUGCGGAGCCAAGGAAGUAAAACAGCGCCUCCGCUCACAGGUCCGAGCCUGCAGUAACCUGCUACUUCAGCUGCGAGACGACGUAGCAGACUCCGACGAACUUGAAGAGUGGUCUAAGACUCUGAAGUUACUCUCUACUCCGCUUGCGCGCCUUCAGGAGGCUUUAAGCCUGGCAGCCGUCGCUUUAUCUACCCGAGAUGGCAUUGUCGAGAAGUUGGGAUGGCCUUUUAGGGAGAAAGAUGUGGAGAAGCUGAUCGAGGCGAUUAAGUGCGAGAUGGAUAUGGUGACUUUCGCUCUUCAUAACAAUGCGACAUCACUACUCAUCGAGAUCAACGCUAGUUCAAAGCGCAAUGAACAACAUCUCACCUACGUAAAAUCCGCUCUGGGUUUAUACGUCGAGGAAACCCAUUCCACGCUGCGAAGCAUCAAUGGCGAGCUGGUAUCAAUACAAACGACCCAAAAUGGCGUUCGAGGCAGAGUCGAAGAGCUGCACUAUCGUCAAGAUACGGAAGAGGCUAUGAGAGAACGUCAGCGGAUUUUUGACUGGCUCACACCCAUCGACCACGCUUCAGAUCAGCGGGACGCCAUUAGUCGGCGGCAACCAGGUACCGGUGGAUGGCUGUUGCACUCACAGACCUAUAAAGACUGGCUCAGCACUGAUAAUCGCACUUUGUUUUGCCCUGGUAUUCCAGGAGCUGGAAAGACAGUCUUCGCCUCCAUCAUCAACGCUGACUUGCAAGAACGUCAUCAUCAUGACCCUACGGUUGGCUUGGCUCACCUGUUCUGCAAUUACAGACGUCAUAGCGAGCAGACACUAGAAGCCCUACUCUCAGCUCUUCUCAAACAGCUCGUCGAACAUCAAGUUCCAUUACCAGAAUGCGUCGUCAAGUUUUACGAGAAAUCACCGCCAAAAGGAACUCUAGAUCGAAUUGAAGCUACCAUGGUGACACUAAAGUCAGUAGCGGCAACAUACUCACGAGUGUUUAUAGUGGUAGAUGCUCUCGAUGAAUGCUCUACAUCUCAUGACUGCCGCACAAAGCUACUGUCAAGUAUCCAAAGCUUACAAAAGCAAUGCCACAUCAACCUCCUCGCUACGUCACGUUUCAUACCAGAGAUUACCGAGAAGUUCAAGACAGCCUGUCACUUGAAGAUUCAAGCAGACAACAACGACGUGCGAAGGUAUCUCUCAGAGAACAUGACUCGCCUCCCUGGUUUCGUGCAAAGAGAUGAAGUAUUGCAGGAAGAGGUUGUGUCAAAGAUCGUGGAGGCAGUGCGCGGAAUAUAG